UCUAUCAUAGAGAGAAAAAACUAAAAGUUCAUUUCUCUGUCUGGCACUGCUAAAUGCUAAUAAUUAAGGAGAAGAAAUUAAAUUAGGGAUUUUGAACAGUAAUUGGGGGGGAAGGAAAUGAUGAGGAGGUUGAUCAGAAGAGUAGAAUCAGAAUCAUCGUCGAUAUCAUUAUUAAAAGUUUUAUCAGCUCAUUUCACACUCUUAUGUUUCACUGUCUUGCUUUUUCUUAAACUUGAUCACAUCAUUUCCUACUCUUGGUGGAUCAUCUUCUUCCCACUUUUCAUGUUUCAUCGGAUUGUUGCCCGGGGAAGUUUCUCUUUUCGUUGGGUACCAUUUCAUGCAAGUGUCGCCACACAUCUGCUUAUUGCAUUUGAAGUGCUUCUUUGUUUCUUUCUGGAGACUGCAUUUGUUAGGAAACAUCCGAGUGUAACCUUGAAGUUUGUCUUUUUUCCGUUGUUCGCGUUUGAAUUAGUUAUUCUCCUUGACAAUUUCAGAAUUCUCAAGGCUUUACUAGCAGGAUAUGACGUAAAUUUUAGCAACAAUGCAGUAUGGGUGGCAUUUCCUCAUUUCUGUGUGGCAAUCUCUACGAUUUUUUUUGGAACUGCUACCUUGUUCACCCUUCAAAAGCUAUGCGGUAAUGAAAGUUCUUUAGACUGGUGGGAAUUGUUCAUAAUCUUUGGGAUCGCUGAGUGCUUUGCAUUUCUGGCUUGUAUAUGGUGGCUUAAUCCAGCGAUUCCCAUACUUGUUUUUCAAAUCCUUCUUUUUAUGCGCUUAGAGGGAAGACCUACUGCUACCAGAUUUAUUCCCCUUUAUGCUGUCUUCUCUCCUAUAUUUUUAGCUCAAGUAAUAGGAGUUAUUUCUGCAUCUAAUUUGGUGGAGAAAAUCGUCAUAUUUCUACGAACUGAGGCCGCUACAGGGAGAUACAUUAGAUAUGCUGCUAGAGCUCGUGAUUCCUUUCACUCCAGGCUGCUUGGUUGGUGGUCAACUGAUGAAGGGGGACGGGAAGAACAAGCACACAUUUUCCUCGAUGGGUCUUCUAGAUACAACACAUUUCCUGGUACCCCACCUGAAAUAGUUAGGGAAAUAUCCAAGAAGAAUCCAGCUGUGGAGGUUUGGAGACUCCGAACAGCUCUUAGUAAGCAAACGAGAAUCACAGAAUCCGGCCGAAAAAACUAUGAAAAACUUCAGAAAAGACUCCAAGCAGCUCUUAAUGAGCAAAUGGAAAUUACAAAAUCCAGCCAACGAAACUAUGGGCGUCCUCAAAAUAGACGCCAAGCAGCUCUUGAUGAACAAACGGAAAUCACAGAAUCCAGCCAACAAAAUGAAAAUAUAUGUACGAUUUGCUAUGAACAUGAAAGAAACACGAUGCUACUCCCUUGUGAGCAUAUCUUUUGCAGUACCUGCAGUAAAAAAUGUCAUAGAUGCCCUUUUUGCCGUGUUAUCAUCAAUGGACGCACGCAUGUAUUUGAUGUGUAGCUUCAUGUGACUAAGUUACCAUGUAAUUUACUAGAAGCUUCUCAGAAUGUGCCCAUGGAUCAUCAAAAGGGAUAUAUUGUUGGAUAAGAUACAACUAAAUGACACUGGAGAUGUACAAAACGCUAAAAUCUUAAUGCAGGUGGAUUAAAUUUAUAUUUA